GCUAAAUUUAGAAUUCAGAGAUCUGCUUAUAAACUUGUUCGUUAUGUUCUAAGAUUCUUAGAUUUUGUUUGUUCAACAUUUAUUAUUAGACAAAGAUUCUAGAUCUAGCUUAAACGUUCAAAUGCUUUCAAUUCUAAAGUCGCAGCAAUGAUAGAUGCUUCUAAAGGCAUUCUUCUUCUUUAUCAAAGUGAUCCAAGUCAACCAGUAAAAGGGUAUGUUCUCUACCCACAGCGCCAUUCCCCAGCUAAAACCGGACACUAUCCUAAAAUGUAUUCAGGUGACUGAAGAUCACCAGUGGUCACUGGGAGAUUUGGCAGCUGGGCAAGAUGGUGCUCAUGAUACACAGGAACUGGGUUCCUUGCUCCUCAAUCAAAGUAUCUGCUUGAGAAAGUUACAUGGAUUCUUCAGCCAGUUAGAAUCUAGAAAAUGCUGUCUUCAUCUAACAUGCCGUAGAUCAACUUUGAACUCAAUGAGAGUGGUUCCAGCAUCUACAACUGAGGAAGACGGAGGACUUCAAAGAAGACAGUCUCCUUCUGGCGUGAGCUACCUAGACAAUAAGAAUUUGAGAAGCUUCAAGAAUGCGUACAUGUGUGCGGUGUAUCCUGUACUGGCUGCUCCAGAACCCCCCAUCACUCCCUCCCCUGCCUUCAUGGAAACAUCCGCCAAGGGUCAUCUAGACACUGCCUCUCUGUCCAACUCUCUACACUACUCGGACAGCUCUUACCUCCUGCUGUCAGGUCGGCACACAUCUUACUCCUCUCAUGACAGUGGAUGGGAGGAAGCUGAGGAAGCAGCCAUCAUUCCCAUGGAGACUGUCUGUGAGCAGCUGCAGCGGGCGUUUGGGCUGAGCAAGACUCUGUUCCUUCAGUACGAGUCUCUCUUGAUGAAAUGCUAUGCCAAAAAAACUCCUCAGAGGAUAUUAGCCGAAGAGUUUGCAGGUCAGCUGAUAUUAUUAGAAACAAACAGUCAUCCUUACUACACACCAUCACACUUUCUGAGCCAAAGCGGAUACGAUUUGUGGCAGAAACAAGAAAGAUCACACAUUUCUGAACUGUUAAACAAGUUUUGGCAGUAUUCUCUCCCCUUCCCAGUAGAUAAUCAGGAACUAAGAGCCAACCUCAGUGUUGUACAUGAUGACUACGAAGUUCUGUUGAGGAAACUUUUAGAAUAUGAGAGUCAGUUCAGAAUAGACCACCAGAUCAUCGCCUCAGAUGUAUUUGUUCCUUUGUCGUCUGCAUCUAGUCGGCUCUUGCUGGAAUUUGCAUUGAGAUAUGGCAUUGGUGAGUUGUAUCGCAAGGUCAUUCUGUUACAUUGUUUGACAAGUGACUUCACACCAAGUAUCGGCUACCUGACCUAUAUAAACAACUUGAUGACCAGUAUACUGCAAAUGUUACCUGCCAAUAAAUCUUUGCUCAUCAUGGUGAAAAAAGAGUUUAAUCUUCUCAACUCAUGUCUACAAAUUCUAAAAGUUCAAAGCUGCAAAGCAUUAAGUCAGAUGAAGUUAUUGUUUCUAGAAAGCAAUCCUGCUCAUGGACUUGACUGCCUGCUCUCUGUUCUGCAAAUAGUUCUGUUAUUGAAGCAUCAACUGGCACCUCCCAACGCUCCACAGGAAACUUUAACUGAAUGUGUCACUGCUACAGUGCAGAGUAUGUUUCAAAGAUCUUAUGACAUGUUUAAAGUUGUUGCCUUGAAAGAAUUGAAUAAAAGUAGAACAUCAGACAUGGAUCCAAGAUUGGUCAAUGCUGUAAUGGAGGAUAUUCAAGAAGAUGUUGCAGGCUUUAAAAAUAAAUUUGAAGCAUGUUUUGUCCAAUUUUUUAGCAUUAGUCAAAUGGCAGCAAGGUCAUUCUACCACUUACUUAUGCUUGAUGUAAGGGAGCUAACGCAGCAUCGACAUCAACAUCAAACGCUAACUCAGAUUGAUCUCCAAAUGCUUGGACUAGUUUAUCGUCUGAACAAAUUAGACAUGCUGUGGAGACAGUACAUACCACCACAGAUGCAAGUUUGGCGAGGUUAUUUCCUCCCUUACUUUUUCCAGUGGCAGGAUGCUCUGUCAGAAUACCUUCAGGAUGUUGUCUUAGAUGCUGUGGCUAACGACACUUACAGAUGUCAGAACUUGCAGCUGGCACACCCACUGUUCACCUACCAGCAAAGUGUUUCCUCAUCAGACCGUAAAAGUUGUACAUUCUCUUUGAUCUCUUUCUCACCAUCAGUCAAUAGUGCAUUUAGCUGUUUCACAUCUCCAUCUAACACCUCAACUCCACAGCAGAAUUGCAUUUGCUCAAUAGAAGAAUCCUUAACUCCUUUGUGUAACAGCCCUGAGCAAACCUGUGACCAAAAGCACCAAACAUUGAGUGAGGCUGAUGGAAUGUUGAAUGCGAUAGAUACCCAACACAAAGGCAACUUUGAUACCAUAUCCUUGAACUUGGAAACCAGCCAUCCCAAAGAACUCAUCAAGUUCUCCAUCACUUCCCAUAAGUCUCUGCCAGACAAUUUACACUUACUCAACAGACCAGACAAAGCAGGAGAGCAGUCACAAGACAAUAAAUUAGAUCCAAGUCUCUUCCAUACUCUAGAUGCUUUAGAUCACUUGGAUUUUAGAAGAAGUACCAAUGAGCAUCAGAGUUACAGACCUGACUUGAACUCUACAACUUUUUUUCUCCCUAGCAUAAAUUUGGACAUUUCUGAUGAUGAUUUGCUGCAAGGUCAAGGUGAUUCAGAGCUAGACCAGUCUGACAAUGAAGACUUCAAAUUCCCGCCUUUAAAAAUGGUGACUUCUGGUGUAAAAAAAGAUAUUUUUAACUCUGAUUUGUUGAGACCUGUGUUUUCAAAGUCCAUGUCUCAAGACUCUUUAGCUGAACAGAAAGAAGCUCCAAUUAAUAAUACUCAGGAACAAAAAAUGACUCAAGAUUUAAUUGAUUCUUCAGAGAUGCGAAAUAUCCUCCAUGCUGUAAUGCCUAUAUCAGGAUCAACGAUCGAUAUUGUUGUCAUCUUCCAACGGCUUUGUUCAUUUAGUGGCGUUCUGGCAGCCACAUACACAGGAGAAGUGAAACCCGUACAGUCAUCGCAGAUAUUAGUUCAACCUGCGUCUGACCAAACAGAGGCUACCACAGACAUACCUAUGUAUGUUGACUUCAAGAACGUUCAGUCCACAACAGAUGACAACUUUCCUACCCAAGAACUUAUUGAAACAAUUACAAUAGAGCAAUCCAUUUUAAAGCUGAAGUUUGUCAUGUAUCUGAGAGUUUUGAAGUCUGUCUGUCAUCUUCUGACUGUCUAUGCCACCAACUUGUUGUGUAUGGAUCUGUGCGCUACACCAAGAUGUAUUGCUAAAAAACUCAUUGGCUUAAAGUUGAUGGACAUGAUCGACAAAUUUUACACUUCAGGAAUGAUCAGGACCUGCCGUCACCAGACAGAGACUGCUAAUGACUGUCUGUUUUACUAUGGUCACCAAGGGCAGUGGAAUGAACGCCAUGAGCCGUUGACACAACAGAUGUGUACAAGGAUUAACAAUGUCUCUGCCUGUUUGGAUAUCCUGGAAGAAUACCAGGCCAAACUUUUGGCGUCCAUGACUUUGGAUAAUAUUCAGAUACCCCCUGCACCAGGGGGAGUUAACUGGGAUAAAUUUUUUGGGUCAAGUAUUCCGCAAGAAUUCUGGCCUAUGUGGGCAGAUGAAGAAGAUACUAGGAAAGAUAUCCUAACAGAAAGUGUCAGUAAAGUUCACGUCUGCUGGGUGCAAGAGUGUAAAGAAAUAUUAGAACUACAGCGGCAACAUUUAAUGUUGGUAUUGACAGCACAGUGUCGGCUCAUGGCGUACAAGACUAAUUUGUUCAUUAAAGACGGCCUUGAAUUCAAUCUCCGACAUUGGUCCGAUAGUAUGACUAUCUCUUCAUGUCUGAGUCCAGUGACAACAUUCCUACAAAAAUAUCUGGAUUCAUUUAGCACCUGGCUAUACCAUGACUGCUUUCACAGAGUCUUAGAAAAUAUUUGGAUAUUUAUUGUUCAGGAUUUUGAAAGCCAUGCUUCACAGUUAGUGAAGACUGGACAUUCCUCUGGACCACAAGCUCAUACCUGGAUGCUGGCUAUCAUGCAUUUGAUGAAGUUUAUUCAUAACAAUGGUAAAGGCAUCAACAGAGAUUUACUUCUGUCUCAGGCUAAUCACGUUUUAUUUCAACUGGAGCUCUACACUUUGUCCACCCUGCACCUUUUGGCCCUGUUUCAAAGCCUCAUGGAUUUUCGAUCUAUCGAAGGUGACAGACUUACAAUGGAAGAGAACGCGACUAGGCAGCCGCCUGCCAUUACCCAUCGGAUCAUGAAAGAGCUACAGUCCCUGAGGAAGUCAUUCAGUGGAGCAGAGUUGAUUCACUGGAUUAUAAAGAACCAAAAUGUCCUUCCUGCAGAUAUGCCCAUCCCAAGCGAACCUUUGACUAAAAAAACAGCUCAGAUUAUAUGCCAGAAUUUGUUGGACCAAAACUUUAUUGUGGAGCUUUCCACUGAAGCACUCACAAGAAGGACAACUCCUGUCUCAUUUGGACAAACUGCCGAAUUCACUUCCUAUCCUGAACUCAGCAUCCACAGUUCUGUCGCUCAGUACAAUGAUUAUCUCUUGGAAGAAGCUCGUUACAGAAGCUUUACAGUUGCAAGUUUGACAACAGGUCAAAAUUUCUCUUUGAAAUAUAUCGAAGGGCACAGAUCAAGAACUGCAACUCUUGAAUCUCUCAACGCCGUGGAAAGCUCAUUCGCAGAGAGGACCAAAGUUGUUUCAGAUCAGGCAAGAGCUAACAGCGCACUCCGGGGAAGCCCUGAACCAGUCACAGGCAUAGAGAGUCAGCAGUUACCUGUACAGUACAGUAACCUCACUCCCUUUUCCAGUCUGACAGAUGUUCGGGCAGAGGACCAUAAAAAUACAUUUAUACCAAGUUCCAGCGUGUUUUACCUUGUGCGCCAGAGCGUAUUCCUCCCAACGCAAGGUAGCCUAAAUCAGGGGCCUUGUCAAACGCAAGCUACACUCUCAGAAACUGAGCAUAGGAUUAAUAAACUGAAAGAGUCUUCAGAAAAUCUGUCUCUGGUUGAAAAGUGUUUAGCCCACAAGAUAAGCCCACUAGUUAUUCUCUCUAUCAUUGCCAGUCGAAAGAAAGUGGACAGACUGGCCAGGGAAUAUUUAAAGCAGGCUUCUCCUUCGACAUUGAACAAAUUGAGAACAAUAUUGGAUGAGCCGUCAUUAGAAUGCACCAGCUAAUUGAUGAAUAAAUAUGACAUGUACAUGUAAUAGCAGCACUAGAGUAGGCUACAAUAGUUAUUGAAAAUAGAAGGUGAUAAUAUGACAGAUCAUGUUUAUUCAUUAUUUCUAAUUUUUUUUUAAACACUUAAGUUCAAAGUUCACUUCAGUUGGAUUAUCUAGCUAAAUAUAGGCCUGUUGUCAGUAUAUUAUUUAUUGUAAAUAUCACUGGUUGUUAUAAUUAUUUUUACAUUUUACUGGUAUUUUAUAUUCAUUAAAUGGUGAUAUUUUUUUUUUAGAAUGCUAACAUCUAUACUCAAAGCUUUGUGUGAUAUUUCACUGUUGUUUCACAUUGAUUAUAUAAAGAGCUUCUAACAACUCCAUUACCCUUACACUGGAUACACAUUCUCACAGUACUAAUAGUUACCACAGAUGUAAAUUUUAGCCAAAAAAGAUACUCUGCUUUGAUUGCUAUUCAGAGAAAUGGGUAUUUACUUUGACAAAUUAUUCAUACCAAGUCUUUCUCCAACCGAAUGGUUGUCUUUCUCUAGAAGUUGCCAAUACAGUGCUGCUCAUGCUUUGUAAAGAUUUAAUCACUGACUGGGUGAUGACCAUUUUUCACUCAUUAUCUUGCAUCUCAUCAGCUUACAUCCUCUGAUUGUCUUAUUCACUUUUACAUGUUUCUGUCAUUCCUUCAGAAAUAAAACCCAAAUGUCCUGAACAA